CUCUACAUAGAGGUUGCUUCAAGGAAAAUUAUGUUUUUUUUUUAUGGUUGUUGGAACACGCAAUUCAUACACUCCCUGCACUGUGUGUUGAUAAUAACAGGCAGUGAUAAAAGGUUUUCAUCAAGUUUGAACGAUUCAUUUUUACAACAUACUGUCCAGGUACUAGAAAAAUACCACUGUGAUGAUUGCGGAGAGAAAAGGCUACUGAUGGCUCCCUUCAGAGUGAAGACUGGGCCCUUAAUAUGGAGAUCUGCGAUAUAAUUAAUGAGACAGAGGAAGGACCAAAGGAUGCUAUAAGGGCCCUGAGGAAGAGACUGAAUGGAAACAGAAAUUACAGAGAAGUGAUGCUUGGCCUAACAGUCCUGGAGACGUGUGUUAAAAAUUGCGGCCAUCGGUUUCAUGUUCUUGUCGCCAGUCGGGAUUUCAUUGAUGGAGUCCUGGUAAAAAUAAUCUCUCCCAAAAAUAACCCUCCAGCUAUUGUGCAGGACAAAGUGCUUGCCAUGAUUCAGGCUUGGGCUGAUGCCUUCAGAAGUAGUCCAGACCUGACCGGAGUCGUCCAUAUUUAUGAGGAGCUGAAGAGGAAAGGGAUUGAGUUUCCCAUGGCAGACUUGGAUGCACUGUCUCCAAUACACACACCACAGAGGUUAUGCGCUUUGCAGAGUGUGCCGGAGGUGGAUCCUGCCACAAAUAUGCACAAAUCCCAGUCCCAGCAGGGAAUAAACAGUGCCCCCUCCUUCACUGCCCCUCUGCCACCCACCUACGCAGCAACACAGGUGCCUGCCCUGCAAGUGACUGGACCUAUCAAUGCAAACUCAGAACAGAUUGCCAGGCUGCGCAGUGAGCUGGAUAUCGUCCGUGGCAAUACCAAGGUGAUGUCUGAAAUGCUGACAGAGAUGGUGCCAGGCCAGGAAGAACCUUCAGACCUUGAACUCCUACAGGAACUGAACCGAACGUGUCGAGCGAUGCAGCAGAGGAUUGUGGAACUCAUCUCACGAAUGUCCAAUGAGGAGGUGACGGAAGAGCUGCUGCAUGUUAACGAUGACCUCAACAAUGUCUUCCUCAGAUACGAGAGGUUUGAAAGAUACAGAUCUGGACGAGCUGCCCAGAAUACUAAUAAUGGGGUACUAAGUGAAGUUACAGAUGAUAACUUGAUAGACUUGGGCCCAGGAUCCCCUGCUGUGGUUAGCCCAAUGCUAGGAAGCACUGCAGAGGCUACUCUGGCUACACAGCUGGCUGGACUAGACCUGGGUAAAGACAGUGUCAGCGGGACCCUGAGCUCACUGCCGAGCAGUAAUCCUCAAGAUGAGUUUGAUAUGUUUGCUCAGACGAGAACCAGCUCUUUGGCUGAUCAGCGCAAAAAUGUGAAGUAUGAAGAUCCCCAAGCACUGGUAGGACUGGCUUCUGCGCUUGAUGUCCGACAACAGAAUUCAGAAGGGCUGAGAAUUAAAGGUGGUAACCCAGACAUGGAGCCAAUAGACAGCUGGCUUAUUACCCAAGGAAUGAUUCCUGUUGCACAGUCCUCUGUCAUGGAUGACAUUGAGGAGUGGCUCUGUACCGACGUGAAAGGAGAUGAAGCAGAGGAAGGAGUAACUAGUGAAGAAUUUGAAAAGUUUUUAGAAGAGAGAGCCAAAGCAGCAGAGGCAAUCCCCAGCUUGCCGUCGCCCCCUGCGGCUGAACCUGUCCCGGCUGCCAGUACAUCCAGCAGACGCAAGAAGGCAGAGCGCUCUGAGGACGCACUCUUCGCUCUGUAAUCUGCCUCUGCACCCCUCACCUUCCCUGUGGUGUCUGGGUGCUGCUUUACAGAAAUACCACUGCUGCUGCUGUGUCUUCUUGUUACCUCUCCAGCACACAGCUAGCCAUGAUCCCUGCGCACACCUCUCCUUCUCUCUCUCUCUCCUAACAUUUCCUUUGCAGGCAAUCUAACAUUGCUGUCAUACCUUUAAAUCAAAAAUCCAUAUCUAGGUGUAAAAUAAGAACAGAUUAACUGCUGUACACCCUCUUUGCAGUCCACCUUUUUCACAGUGUAAUUAAGUCAGAGUAAUUACUUAUGAAUUUUAACAGGGACUAUAUAUUUUUUGAGGAUAUAUUAAAACGUCCUGGCUGUGCACAAAGCUUAAAAUUUAUAUGUGAUCUUUAUUUUUAGUUCCAUUUAUCACAUUUUUUGUGGUCUAUAACUCAUUCCAUUCAACCAUAGAUGUUUUUGUUUGAAUUAAUAUUAUUUUAUAUUUUUGGUGGAAAAAAACGGUGUUGAAGUAUGGUGAGGGUAAAGAACGUUUAGAGGCACUGGAUGGUAAUUGUGUACAGUGUGCAGUUUGUUGGUAUCUAAGUUGGUUGAGCUUUUGCAUAAAGAAACAUCUGCAACUUCUCAUGGUUUCCAGGAAUAGACAAGCAGCCAAAUGGGUUAUUCUCUCUCUCUGUCUCUCUCUCCUCUCUCUCUCUCUCUCUCUCUCGUUUCAAUUAGCUUUGGGAUAUUGCUCUAAUAACCGGUUGAUGAACAGCGCUUUAUGGCUAAUUGAAAAUGUUAAAGUACUUAAAAGCACUUUUAAAAUCUAUUAACUCUUAACAGUUUUGCUAUGUCAUAUUAUGCUUAUGCAUUGCUGAAAGCCAAAUUCUGUCAGCCGGAUGAUUUUUUCUUCCCACUGGGAGCUGCAUGUAAAUUGUUGAGAUUCAGUGAACUAAGAAAAAAGUUAAUUAUAGUCUUGUAGUCUUAGUGGAUUUAGAUUCAUCCAUUAAAAUCGGACAAUUAGGGAAGGCAAAGGGGCUAAGGACUAAUUACAGGGCUGACGGUUGUAGAGUUGAGUUUGUUUCUGUAAAGUUCUGUCCUGGUUAAAUAUUUCCUUCCAUACCAUUGCUCAUAAUGUUUCUGAAACAUGCGAUUUCCAGUGAAAAUGCCCAUCACAAAUUCUCACCAUUUUCAUACUUUUAAAUACACUCAUUUUAAAUGGGUUCUCAAAUUGCAACAUAGCCAAUAAAGGCAAAUAAUUUCCAAGUUGACCUACAGAUCCCACAAGGCUUAUUACCUGUGUAUUUGUAAGAGUUGAACUGCAAAGGGGGUUUCCGUUUUUAUCCCUGUCCAAGAUCACCUUGCCUGUGAUUUGCUUGAAAUGCUAGAGUUCUGUGGUACUCUUGUUAGAUCUCCGUGCAUACUCGCUACCACUUAAUACCGGCUGUAUUCAAGGGGUUUCUAUCUAAUAAUAUUGUUUAUUGCCGAGUUUAUGAGAUAAGGAAGAAAUUAUCUCCUAUUAUAUAAUCUAGCCAAUAGCUUAUCCUGAAACGGAUUACACAGGAAGAAUCUGCUCUUAACGAAGAUGAUUAAUACAAGAUCCCAGUUACAGAGGUACAUUUCAAGCAAUGGGAUCUUGUUCAGCUUGCAGACUAAUGCAUCCUUAUACUCUGUUAUUGAAGUGUGACUUCUACAAAGUGGGACUGGCGUGUUCACAUUCCUUUUUAUAUACUGUGCCCUUCUAUUAGAAGGCAAACGUAGGUCUUUUUGUUUUUUCUUUGAAAUAUCCUAACCCUCUAACAGACACUCAGCCAAAAUUCAGACUGGGUCUUAAAAAAUGACUACUCCAGGGAUUGGCAUCUGGCUACAGGGAAAUCAAAAUUAAAAAGGAUUGCAAAAUUGGGAUUAUGAACUCCGGUCAAAGGAUCUUUUAACCUGUGUAUAGUUGUACAGAACUCUAACCGCAAAAUUGGUUGGCAAAAUGUUAUUUACUGAGUAAGUGCAGAGAGCAGUAUUUAAUCAUACGAAACACUAAAAGUAUUGUAUCCAUACUUUCACACAAACCAAGAGAAUUGAAGGCAUUGAGAAGUACAAUACUGUGCUGAUUAGUUCUGGCUUGGUAUUUCGUUUGGUUUGUUUCAAGUUAUGGUUUUAUUUUCAUCAGUCAUAGACCCUCUCCUGUGGGACACGAACUCCAACUGCAUUCAACUAAACCGAUCGACUAGGAUGAAAAUGUUACAGCUUGUGUAAUUA